CAGAGAGCAGCAGGAGCAGCAAGGCAAUUUAUUACUCAGCUGAGCAACAUGUCCGUGAAAGAGUCAAAGACAGAGCUCUUCACCGUGGCUGGGACUGACACUGUGGAGUCAGGGCCAGGUUCAGAGGUUUUCAACUCAAAAAAGAUAGUUACCACCUUUGAGAGAUAUAUCCAACCGUGCUUGGCUGAGGUGGUGGGAUGCGCUCUUUUCAUCUUCGUGGGAUGCGGGUCUGUUAUUGAGAAUGCUGGCGUUCCGGGGAGCCUCCAGCCUGCUCUGGCUCAUGGGCUGGCACUGGUGAUUGUUAUCGCUGUGCUGGGAGAGAUCAGUGGUGGCCACUUCAACCCAGCUGUGUCUGUGAGUGUGUGCAUUAGUGGAGGACUGGACGUAAUCCUACUGGGGCCAUAUAUGCUCUCCCAGAUGGUGGGGGGAAUGAUUGGGGCUGGCUUGGCAAAGGCAGCAUCCUCCACCAUCAGCUAUGCCAGUGCAGCAGGGGGAGUGUUCAACGUGGUUAAAACCAGCGGAGCGAUCGGCAGUGCCACCGUAGCAGAGAUAGUCAUGACCCUCUUCCUGUCCCUAGUGGUCUGUAUGGGGGCUGUGAACGGCAGGACCCGUACACCACUGGCCCCACUCUGCAUCGGGCUCACUGUGACUGCUAACAUACUGGCUGGAGGGUCAGCAUCUGGAGGGUGUAUGAACCCAGCACGGGCGUUUGGCCCUGCAGUGGUAGCUAACUACUGGGAGUACCACUGGAUCUACUGGUUGGGACCGAUGGCAGGGGCCCUUAUCACUGGCAGCUUGGUCAGGUUGUUGUUGGGAGACCAGAAAACACGUCUUGUUCUGAAGUGAAUGUGCCGCCUCGGAGCAAUGGGAGCCUUUUUGACAAUGUGUUUGCCAUGCUUUUUUUUCAAAAACAAUGUCAUUGUCUUCCCAAGUAUUGUAUUGCCCUCCAUAGCUUGCAGAACCUUUGCAGUUCCCAUCUUGUCAUACACAUCAUAUUGUAUUGAACUGUAGUGAACUAUAAAACAAAAACUAUUUGCAUAAAUACAUUACAUUCAAACCUA